AUGCAGACAACAGCACUGUAUCUAGAAUACAUCCCGGGUUUUUCUCUUUUGGAAGGCCUUCUUCAAAGCACGCUUAUCAAUGUACUCAAGACAGGGCCAAUUCCAAAGCAUAUCUCCUUCGUUAUGGAUGGGAACCGCCGCUUUGCUAAAACCCACAAUCUUCCUCUAAAAGAGGGCCAUAGAUUCGGGGCAGAUGCAUUGGUUCGUGUACUAGAUUGCUGUUUCAGACUCGGUGUUAAAAAUGUGACAACGUAUGCGUUUUCAAUUGAAAAUUUCAGCAGGAAAUCCGAAGAAGUUGAAACAAUAUUUACCUUAUUAAAACAGAAGUUGGCUCUAAUAACCAGCGAAAAUCAGUUGUGUGAUGUGCACAACGUCAGAAUUAGAAUAAUUGGUAAUAGAUCGUAUUUACCACCGGAACUCUUACAAGAUAUCGAGAAAAUUGAAGACCAAACACGAGAUAAUACUAGACACGUAUUAUUUGUUGCCUUCCCCUAUACUUCUAGGGAUGAUAUGUUCCAUGCAACAAACAAAAUCAUUGAAAAACUCACAAAUGGAGAAAUUGAAUUUGAUCAAAUCGAUGAGACCUUAUAUAAUGCAAACUUCUAUUAUGAGAAUAUUGAUGAACCUGUCGAUAUAUUAAUCAGAACAAGUGGCCACACUAGGUUGAGCGACUAUAUGUUAUGGCAAUGCCACCAAGACUCGGUCAUUGAGUUCCCAAAUACCUUAUGGCCAAUGUUCAGGUUUUAUUCCACUUGGUGGACAAUCUUCAGAUGGAGUUAUUAUAAAACCUUGGUGAUUCAGGAUGCAGAGAUUAUGCAAUUGAAAAAAAUAUCAAAUGCACAAGUUAAAAAGAAGUAUCCAGGUAUUCCUAGAACUCAUCCUCCCUUUGCCUCAGUUACUAGGUAG